AUGGGACUCCAAGGUGUUCACGUAAAAAGACCCUGCCCAUCUCAGCUCCUGCGUACGAUCUGUCAUAAAAGGGCCCACUACACGCAUCGCGAAACAACCUUCUCUCUUGAUCAACGCCCCCAAAAAGAAAUCCCCAACAGAACAGCUCCAGUAUCCAGAAGGAGGGCACCCGAAACAGCAUAUCAGCAGUUCGCAAAAAUAGCCAAAACCGGCCAAACAAGGCAACUUCCGCCUGAGCAUCCUACAUACCUCCGCCGCACGUUGAUCUAA